CCGCGCUACGUGUACGAAAUUCCUCUCUAGAGUUCACAUAUCACAUAUGCGCGGUUUUCACUUGUGUUACGUUAUCCCCAUCAUUACGGUUGCGCGUACUUGCUUGCCUCGAUUCUAGCAUCACUGGCAACACGCGCAUUAUAUGUAGGAUAUACAUCCCAUAUGUACUGACGAUUCGUUGUACAAACCGACAGAAAUUUGUACUCGAUAUUCAAAUCGUUACUAGUUGCUGCAAUUUAUUGUUUCGUCUAAUCAUCUUUACUUUCAUCUUUUUUUCAUUUGGAUAAAAAUGUCUGAACAAUUCCUGGGUUGUAUUGUUUCUGUAAAAUGCAUUGACGAUCUUACUUAUCAAGGCAAAAUUGUCGAUCUUAAUAAGAAUAGCCUGACACUGGCAAAAGCAUUUUGCAAUGGCAUACCACAUACUUCCAUUGUUAACUUAAGUUAUUCUUACAGUGUAAAGGAUAUACAAAAGCUCGAGAUUAUAUCAACUGAAGAAUCAGGAACUAAUGUGAAUGAUAUACAACCACAGAGUAAAGUGAUUGUAAAGAGGCCAAUCGCAAAAAGGGCAGGACGAUCGAUUUCAGAAUGCGUUCCUAUACUACAAGGGCCAAGUUGCCCACCACAAAUGAACUUAAAGAAACCUGUCGAGUCUAACCAGCAGCAAGUGGAACAAACUCCAAAUGGAAAGAUUGCUCCAGUUGAAAAUAAUAUUUCUAACAAUAAAUCUAUUUCCAAAAGAUUAACUCACAAGCAAAGAGCAUUGGAAAGAGAUGAGCAUACUUUUGGUACUCCAAUUGAUCAGUCUCUACAACAAGACUUUGAUUUUGAAAAAAACCUAGCAUUAUUCAAUAAAGAGGCUGUAUGGCAAGAAAUAAACUCAUUGAAACCGGAUAUCGUUAGGCAGUCAGAAAGCAAUCGGGGUACUACAGCUAUCUAUCGACCUGAUGAAAACAUUCUCGUAUCUGAACCUACAGUGCUCAGACAGAUUGUGGUGCCUUGUCCUAGUGAAAAGGAAUAUGUGACAGAUAAUGGUUUAGUAAUUCCUAGCAUCACUCUUAAUCUCCAUCGGCAAUUAAUAGGUGCAGCAGAUAGAUUGGGAAUAAGUUGGGAACGUAGGGUGGAACUUCUCGGUCGUGCUGGUGCUGAGCUCAUCCUCCAAUUAUUGGGCGGAAGUCAUCGCCUAAAUCCGAACAACGCGCAUCAAUGGCCAACUGUAGUCGCGUUAUGCGGACCGCAUCGUUCUGGUGCCGCGGGUAUUAAUUGCGCCCGACAAUUAUCUAGUCACGGUGUCAAAACGAUCGUAUUCGUGGAAAACGCGGAGGACGUGUUCCUUUUGCAGGAAUUGUCACUGUACAGGCUAACAGAGAACAAAGUAGAGACUAAAGUGAAGAAUCUGCCAUCACUGGUGGAUCUCAUACUCGUGGCACUCUGCGAUGAGGAUUCGCCAAGGAUAAUUACGCCGAUAGCCAGGUGGGCGAACAGUAACCGAGCGCCCGUACUCGCUAUUGAACCACCAGCGACAGGUACACCUGGUAUUCUUAGUAAAUUCAGUCUAUUAGGUGCGCUACCGUUGUCGCACAGCGUCGACAAUGGUAGAUUGUACCUGUGCAAUCUCGCAUUACCAAACAAGGUAUAUUCCGAUGUCGGCAUCACGUAUAAAUCACCGUUUGGACCUAAGUUUGUGAUCCCUUUACAUUCCAAUAACUCUUAGCAAAUUCUUAGAGAUCACAUUGUGUCUUCUUGAAUAGACAUCUCAUUUUAUCAUUUAUGCGAUUUGUAAACAGAGAAAUAUUUUACUUCCGAGGCCCAGCGACUUGUAAAGAAUAUAUAUACAUAUAUAUAGUUUGACGUUUGAUAUAGACUUUUAGAUAAACUUUUAGAGCAUGGUGGAUUAUAAUACUUUUUGCAUUAAUUGUAUAAUAUCCGCGAAUUGGCUGCAGCACAUAUACAUAAUGUAUACACUAUUUCCAUAUAUAACCAAAAAAAUUGUAUUUUAAAGUAUCUUUACAUAGAAUACAUAUAACAGAUAAAAUAGAUAUUUUAUCUGUGAAGUUAUGAAAGACAAUUUGUUUUAUUGACAAUUUGUUAUAUGUGUUAUAUUAUCACAAGCAUCUAUGAUAGAAUUACUAUCACUUCAAAUAUGUAACAUCAAAUAAAGAAUUCCUUACCAAUAUAAUUCUAUGUACUAGAGUAUAGUUUCGCUUUGAUAUACAAUUUGAUACAAUUGAAUGAAAAAUACACUUUUUGCAUACUGUAUCUAUAGUUUAUAUUAAUAGAGCAAAAUAAGAUAAAGAAAAAAAGAGGGUAUGUAGAGAAUUAAAUUCCAAUAAGUUCUUAUGAUAAUGAAAUUUAUCUUCAUUUUCUCAAUUGAUAAAUAUAAUUAAUAAGAAUCCUGUAAACAUAAUGAGAGUUAUUUAAAGUAUCUUCUUGUAUUAAUAAGAAAAAGAAAAAAAUUAAAUGAUGAUAACUUGUAUGUACAUGCAAAAGAACAAAUUAUAUAUUUUUAAUAAUUUAUAACGUAUUAUUUAUGUAAUUGUUAAAAAUAUAUGUGAUGCUUGAUUAACGCGUCUAUUCUGCAUGCGAUCUGAUUAAUUGACAAAUGUUUUAUAUUUGCAUAUCUACUCUUUAUUGUUGUUCGAUAAGCUCUUGUUGUUCACAUACACACAUAUUGAAUAUGACUUCAACUCUCAUCAUUUGUAUUUCGAUUAUAAUAGCAAUAUAGAUAUUGAAAUUAUUGUAACACACGCGAAAAGUAUCUCGAGUGUUGUAUAAAGUAUCUAUAUAUAUUUAUAUAGAUAUAUAUGUAUGCUAAACUUGAUUGUGUUCCUUUUUGUACUGAUUUUUUUUAAACAAUUUAUAAUAAAGUAAGAUAUGUGCUUUUUCUCAUAUUUAUGUAGUCACACAUUUAUGUAAUACAUAAUUGUAACUCUAGAAAUUUGCACAAUACACAACAGUUUCUUGAAAUAAAAUCUGUAGUAAAUAAUUCCGCACAGUUUGUGUUCAUCUCUCUACAAAUGAUUAAAUAUUACAGGAUACA